AUGCGCAUUUUGGGCAUUGGCCUGAGUGGCUUAAAUAUAUUUUGUGGUUUAAUGAAUUUAUGCAAUGGCUUUACUACGCGCAUGUACUAUACUGCUAUGGAUAACAUUUACAUCGCCGCGCAAACUGUGCACGAUCUUAGUUUGAAAAACGCCGCAAAAGAAGAAAUCGAUGAAAAUACAAAAGCAGGUAACGAACCGUUACAUUUAUCUGUAUCUGAUGACGGUACAUGGAGCAAAAGAGGCUUUUCGUCCUUAUUUGGUGUUGUUACACUGAUCGGAAAGUACACAAACAAGAUAGUAGACGUUGUGGUUAAAUCUAGCUUUUGUAAAGCAUGUUCACUUCGAAAACAUGACAAUUCUAUAGAAGAUUUAUUGUGGCAAGAGGAACACGCAGAACAGUGUACGAUCAAUCAUUCAGGAAGCGCUGGAAAAAUGGAAGUUAUUGACGACGGCGUUAUUGAAAUGUUCCAACGUUCUCAAAAUUUACACGGCGUUAUGUACGAAAAUUAUAUAGGUGAUGGGGACAGCAAAACUUUCAAAAGUUUAAUCAAUGAAAACCCAUAUGAAGACAAAUUAUUGGUUAAGAAAAAAGAAUGCAUUGCACACGUUCAAAAACGUAUGGGAAGUAGAUUGAGAAAUGCCAAAAAAUUGCACAAAGAUAUUGGUGGAAAGGGAGCAGGAAAAUUAACGGAAAAAUUAAUUAAAGACCUCACUAUUUACUAUGGAUUAGCAAUACGACGAAACACAGAGUCUUUGCUCGACAUGAAAAAUGCAGUAUGGGCGACAUAUUAUCAUAAAAUAUCAACCGAUGAAGAGCCCAUGCAUUCUCAUUGUCCUUCAGGAUCAAAUUCUUGGUGCAGCUGGCGCGUCGCAGAAGGCGCGCUUCAAAAUUAUCAUCAUGAUCCACCUCUGUCUUCUGACGUUCAAACUGUCAUUUAUAAAAUUUAUGAAGAUUUAUCAGAUGAUGAUUUGUUAACGCGAUGUCUCGGGGGGCAAUACGCAAAAUAAUAACGAAAGUUAUAACAGUUC